UAACCGGAAGUUGCUAUACAAUAUUUGGAGGCGUGAACAUCAAAAUACUAAAAUUGCAUUAUGUAGAGCAUUAUUUCCCUUAUGAAGUGAAGGAUAUUGUCAUUAAAAAAGUUAAAACAGUUUUAUAUAUUUAAGAAAAAUGUCCAGACAAGGCACUAGAGGUGUAGAUCAACGCAAAGUAAAUGGUGAAUUAUUUUCUUUAACAUAUGGGGCUCUUGUGGCUCAGCUAUUGAAAGAUUAUGAAGAUGAUGAUGAAGUCAACAAACAGCUGGAAAAAAUGGGAUACAACAUUGGUGUGAGGUUAAUAGAAGAUUUCCUUGCAAGGUCAAAUGUGGGAAGAUGCAAUGAUUUUAGAGAAACUGCAGAUGUCAUAUCCAAGUUGGGCUUUAAGAUGUACCUUGGAAUACAGCCUGUGGUCAGUAACUGGAGUGCUGCAGGAGAUGAAUUCUCCCUUCUGAUUGAAAACAACCCACUGACUGAUUUUGUAGAGCUACCCCCCGGUCAUUCACAGCUCUGCUUCUCCAACAUUUUAUGUGGUGUCCUAAAGGCAGCACUGGAAAUGGUCCAGAUGGAAGUGGAUGUUAAAUUUGUACAAGAUACAUUAAAGGGAGAUAACAUUACAGAGAUUCGUCUCAAGUUCAUCAAAAGACUAGAGGAUGCCAUUCCUGUGGGAGAGGAUUAAAGAAAAUUAAAAAUUUAUAAAGGGAUUUUGUAAUUACUGCAAGGAAAGCAUGCACAGUACUAGCUUAAAAUUUAUUGCAAAAAUCAUUGAAAAAGUCAUUCCAAUAGCCGUGUUUUGUGUUAAAUGUGAAAAAAGAAAUACGUGUGUCACAUGUGAAUUUGGGGUAAGAUGAAUAAGUUGGAGGUGACAUAGGCAAUCUGGGUUUUUAAAAAAAAAGUAUUUGAUAUUUGUUGUGUUUAUGUAGUUUUCCUACAUAUAUGUGUGUAGUGUGUAGAUGCUUAAUUAAGUUUAUGUAAUGACAUUUCAUGUGGAAAGAUGAUAUUUCUUUCUGAAGUGUAAGUUACAUCAUUUUAAUUAGAAAGGUAUUCUUUGCAAGCAUAAACAUAAUAUUGAAAAAAGAUAUGCAACAUAACAUUAAAUGUCCAUUUGUUGU